AUGAAGCCCACGACCUGUGCAGCUGGCCACGGUGAUGCCAUCGUGAAGCCGCGUCUCACAGAGAAGAUGGACUACGAGGUGGAGCUUGCCGUUGUCAUCGGCAAGGAGUGCAAGGAUGUGCCUCCCGAGCAUGCGCUGGACUAUGUCUUGGGGUAUACGUGUGCGAACGACCUGUCCACCAGAGAUUGGCAGAAACUGCCAGAAAUUGCUGGCAGCCAGUGGUGCCGAUCCAAGAGCUUCGACGGGUUCGCCCCUCUGGGGCCUGUCCUUGUCACCAAGGACGAGAUUCCGGACCCUGGUGCCCUCCGGGUUCAGACCUUCGUGAAUGGCGUGCAGAUGCAGGAUUCCUCUACGAGGGACCUGAUCUUUUCGGUGCCGCAGAUCAUCAGCUUCCUCUCAAUAGGGACAAGGCUCCUGCCUGGGACGGUCAUCCUCACAGGCACGCCCUUCGGCCCGGGACUUAGAACGCUUCUUUUGCAACUCGCUGUCGCUGUCGAUGAGGGCGAAGCCCGCCGAGGUGUGGCCGAAGGUCGAAGCCCGCAGCCGCCUGGCGAUCGGGUCGCGGUGGAAGUGGAGGGUGUCGGACGACUAGAGAACACGAUUAAAGAGGACGCAUCGACGGCCGGCUGCUUCUUUGUGGCAGCACCCAAGCUUUGA